AUGGAAUGCAUUGCUGAAAACUUGCCUGUAACCUUGGACCAUCAUAUUCUCUCAACCAGUCCUGCUUUGCAGAGCUCUGAGCCUAUUCUUCAUUGGGACUUUGGCCGUGGGCAGAAUUUUUCAGAAUUGGUACCAAAUGUAAUAGGUAUCACAAUAACAAAAAGUCCUUGCGCAGGUGAUGUGGCUAUAAUAGGUCUGAUACUUGAUGACAGAGUUCCAGGAAUAUAUAUAGGGAUUUCUCAGUCUGCAUUUUUGACUCAGGAUACAUACUGGAGUAAUUUGACAGAUAGCCUCUGUGUUGUCCUUGAAUAUGACUGUGCUGAUCUUGGACUUUUGAAUAUUAUUUUAACCAACGCUCAUCUAGUAUUGCUUACUACUCUGGGAUUAUUUAUCAGUGAAGAUCUGCGCUAUGGAAGCUUCCGUGCAUUGAAAUUCACGAGAGCAAACUUCUGUGGAUUUGAAAGGUCUGAUUAUUACAGAGCUAAAAUAUGGUACAAUAUCCAGUGUCUGGCUAACCAAGAAGACUAUGAAGUGGAUUAUAUUGCUGUCUCAUUCAACAAAGAUAAAACAUUGAGCCAGGAAUCUACCUGUUUCUAUAGUAAGGAUCCAUUUAUGGACUGGCACAGUUGCUUGCCCCACAGAAAACAAGCUGACAGGCUGAUUUCUAGACGGGUAGUUUCUUUUAUGGUUGAUUAUCAACAGAAUACUGGCAUAGGCGUUUUAACUCAGCAGGAUAAGAGAUUCGUAUCAGUGAAUAAGUUAACAAACCACAAACUACAUGAAAAAACAAAAUUUCCAGAAUUUGGGUUUCCAGAUGCUGAGUUCAAAGCGUUUGGCAUGCUUUUCCACCCGAACAGUCAUUUUCUAUAUGUUUAUGGGAACCAGGAAAGAGACUUGAAAGUGUCACAACGCAUACCUGCACCAGAGCCUGGGGCAUUUAUUUCCUAUUAUUGUGUUUCGGCAGAUGACUUAGCUUUUGAUGGCCCUUUAUCUCUACAGUACACCACUGAAGAGCAAAUAGUGUUUUUCAGUCAUGUUCCAUCGAUUCCACUCUCUGACCAUUCCCAGUCAAGGUUCCAUGAGGGGUACAUAGGAAAAGCAUUAGAAUAUGAGAUGGGAGGAGUAGGCAUAAUCAGCAAGGUUUCUCAGCACAAGUAUCCUCCACAUUUUUUAUCAUCUGUCAUGGUUUAUGUUCUGGAACGGUUCCCUGUUGAGACCAGUGCUAGCAGCCCUUGCAUAAAAAAUACGUUAACCAUUCUGCAACCUGAUCCCGGCACUACUGCAUUUAAGCUUCAGCUUAGUGCUUCAGGUACUGACAUAUUUAAAGCAUCUGACAUUCAGAAAUCUAUCGUUAUUCUAGGAUUCAGCAGUUUUCUUAUAGUAGAUGUUACGGGAAGCCUCACUGCUUUAGCAGAUGCUACUAUGCCUCAGGUAGUGCCUUUAAAUACACCUUUUCGAAGUGGACAGUGGUUUAUGUAUGACUUUGGCACUACGAAUGGAAAAAGAUGGAAGGUUGUUACUGACAAAUGUAGGUAUACAAUGGAACAGACUGAUGAUCUACCAGUCCAUGCCAUUAAAUACAUGGAUCUUGGGUCAACACGGAGCUUUUCAUUCAGCGUAACACCAGUUAAUGUAGCUUAUCGUAUAUUUCAUAUGUACCUCAUGGAGGUAAAAGUGGGAAAGCCCAAUCUACUGGAUGUAAACACAGCAGCCUACUGGGAUGAUAACGAUAGUUACACAGUGAAAAUACGUGUUCUAAGCAAAUUUUUCAAGCAGGUGAACUACAGGCCGCCAUCUAGACUGGGAAUUGCUGUUCCACUUACAGAAAACUUUUACAAUGCUGACCCUGAAAAGCCUAGAAUGAGAGAUUAUUUUCAGGGAUCAAAAACUUCUGGAAUUUAUAAGCAAUGUGCUAACAAGACAAGUCGGUUUGAAUGUGGUUGUACAGAUAAUAUGAAGUUGUCAUUUGCUGUUGCCUUUUCAGACUGCAAGGAAAAGGCGAUCCGGAUGAAAUAUCCAGUCAUAAAACUUCCCCUCAGUUUCACCGUUGAGAAUGAGGAUGUAUCUGUAAAUAUGUCGUCUCCUUAUUUUGUCACGAUAACAGAAGUCAACAACAGAACAAACUGGGAGAUUUCAGGAACCAAUACAACAUCAAGCAUGCUGAAAAUGAGAAAAUAUCUGGAACAUAGACUCAAGAAUACACUGUAUAAUCCAGAUGGUCUCACUCUAAGCAUACAUGGAUCUGAGCUUUUCCAUUUCAGGGUAGCAAUUAUUCCUGGAACCUCCUUUUGUAGCUUAGUUGAUGAAUUUCAGAUUUAUGUUGAUGAUGCUCCCAUGGCUUUCCCAGGAGAUUAUCUUAUCACUUCAUUUACAGCUGUAGCAGUAGGAUUUAGUAUCUUUGUGGCAUUUUUUCUGCAAGCAUAUGAAAUUCAGGUAUGGAGCAUUUUGAAGCAGAAGCUAAGCAAACCAAGCAGAGUGAGUCCAAAAUUUUCUCUAAGGAAAGCUUCAACGACUUCAAGUGAUACUAGUGAAUAA